UCCCUCACACCAGGAGAUUUAAUUCAUAAUCGGCUCCGACUUCUGUCGACUCAGUAUCGUACAUUUUUAUUAUUAUUAUGCGCCAAUGCGAAGCAUGAAUGGUGACAUAAAUCGGGCACUAUUUAAUUUAUCUUGGUAACCCUUAAUGUGCAUAAAAUAAGUUGAUAAUUAUUCCAACCAUUUAGCGAAUCACAUUACUGUAACAGAUUUGUUUUUGUUUGUUUGAACUGUACGAUCAUUCACUAAAUGCUUGUGCCUUGUAACGAGAACCAGAAAUGUGCAAUUAUUUGACAUGAUUCGCUGAGUUCAGGUUUCAAUGCUAUGAUCAUCAAAUUUCUACCUCUGCUACGAUCGGCAUACUGCGUUACCUGGCAUUUCGGAACGGAAUUUAAUGAAUAAUUUUUGUUGCUUACGUAUCAUGUGUUGAUAAUCGGCGAAGUAGAUAAAUAAAUAUAUGUAUAUAUGCUUUUCUUAUUGACAGUACUAUUUCACUGAUAAAUAGUAAGCAACAGGCUCUACAUGAGUUUUCGAAUCAACUAUGUUUGCCAAAAAAACACCAGUCUAGUGAAACAGUCUAGUUGAGAAAAAGCAAAAUUAAGUUUUUACCUCUACGCAAACAUGGCAACAUCCGAGUCGAAGGAGAAUCAUAAGAACAAUACCAAUGGAGCUCAAGACCAAUCGUUGGUUUUAAUGAUGUUCUAAGCAUGGCAAUAAUAAACCCCAGCCAUGUUGAUGCCCGUAACACUGAUAUUAUUCCUGUUGGGAUGCUUACUGAUUAGCUUAUACAGUCGAUAUGGAAAGCCUCCCGGACCAUAUGGUUUGCCAUUUAUCGGAUACUUACCAUUCAUUGAUCCUCGCAAACCGUACGAAACAUUUACUCGACUCGCAAAGCGGUACGGUCCCAUUUAUGGUUUGUGGCUGGGGCAAGUUUAUGCGAUCGUAGUUACUGAUCCUGCGCUAAUUCGUACCAUUUUGGCGCGUGAGGAAGCUACUGGUCGGGCUCCACUAUUUAUUACGCACGGCAUUAUGGGAGGUUACGGGUUAAUUUGUGCCCAAGGCAAUUUGUGGCGUGACCAGCGCCGGUUAUCAAUCGAGUGGCUUCGUCACUUGGGUAUGAUCAAAUAUGGUACAUCGCGUUUAAACCUUGAACGUAGGAUCGUAUCUGGGCUCAACGAAUUGAUCGAGGAUAUCAACAGCAGAGCAUCUAAGGAAAAACAUGGUUUCAACCCAUCGGCUAUCAUACACCACACGCUGGGUAAUUUAUUAAAUGAUCUAGUCUUUGGCAUAAAGUACGAGAAGAGCGAUACCACAUGGAAAUAUUUGCAGCAUCUUCAAGAGGAAGGCGUCAAGCAUAUUGGAGUAUCAAUGGCUGUUAAUUUCUUGCCACUGUUAAGACAUUUGCCCAGCACUCGAAAGACAAUAAAUUUUCUUCUCGAUGGAAAAACUAAAACUCACUCGAUUUAUGACACAAUCAUCGCUGAACAGCGCAACAAAAUGCGUACCCCGGAUGCGCCACAUGAACAAGAGCAAGAAUGCAUUUUAAAGUGCUUCUUGAAGGAAGCCGCAAAGCGGCAAGAAGCAGGCCGCCUGGAUGCCGCAUUUUGCGAUGACAUACAGCUGCGUCAUUUGAUGGCGGACCUGUUCGGAGCGGGAGUCGAUACAACAUUUACUACGAUUCGCUGGGCUUUGCUGUAUAUCGCGCUUUACCCAACGGUUCAGCAGCGCCUCCGAGAAGAGCUAAAACAAAGGUUGGUCGCGAGUGAGUCACCUUCGUUGAAUGAUGUGGAAGCAUUGCCCUACUUGCGCGCUACCAUUGCGGAAGUGCAACGUAUUCGUACCGUUGUACCAGUCGGCAUACCACACGGCACAACAAAGGAAAUCUUUGUCGCAGGUUUUAAGAUACCCGCCAAUACGAUGAUUAUGCCGCUGAUCUGGGCUGUGCACAUGAACCCUGCGCUGUUCGAGGCGCCCAAUAGCUUCAAACCGGAACGCUUUCUAGAUCCAGAAGGGCGCUUUACGACCCCAAGCUACUUUCUCCCAUUUCAGGUUGGGAAACGCAUGUGCUUGGGCGAUGAACUGGCCAGAAAUAUUCUGCACCUCUACGUCGCACAAAUAGUGCGUCAUUACGAUUGGUUUAGCAUCGCUCCCGAGGAUGUGAGUACGAUCGAUUUGACAGGAACGUGUGGCAUAACGCUGAUGCCGCCAGAUUAUCGUGUAAUUUUCUCAACACCAGCAAAACAUUAAACGUUCUUUGCACUUUGAGUCUUUUUUAUUACCAUUAUGCUUAACUUACGUCAUGUGUUACGAGUAAAACGACGCGUUUGUUAAUCAUCGCAUGCACCAGCAGCAAUUUACAUUCCUGGGAUGUCCUUGUCCUUUAGCUUUUGUACCUAUGGAUAGUUGCUACAGAAACAGCGUAACAAAAUAAAUAAACUAAGGCACUAUUCUGUUCCUAUUACCUUGUUGUAGCAACAAUCGCCGAAAAUAUUACUCUAUUGCUCUUAAAUAUAACAGUUUCGAUGUUGGUUGUAAAAAAAAACUUAAAGACUGGCAAUACCAGUUAAGGUCUCACAUUCGCGCAAUCAUUUUGCUUGCACACAAGCUGUUUCGUUUAUUCAGGAGUGCUGUGUGCUGUGAAACGCCGAUGUCAAGGUUUAUUUACUUCCAUAGCAAUAAAAGUACCUCAAAAAUAUUAAAUUAA